AUGGAGCGCUCGCCAACACGACAACGGAGUGGAAGCAUCGAAUACCAAGCCGAGAUCAGCAAAAGUGGCCGACGAGGGACACAACUGCAGGACGAAGCCAAGAUGCACGAGGCACCAGAAGCAGGCGAACCUCGUAGUUCAGAGGGUCUCGAGAUGUCAAUCCUGUCAGACUCUGAAUCGAAUUCGGAUCACAGCGACGAGGAAGAUGAGGAGACCGGGUUGACACGUAAACGGCGAAKGCGAAGGCGAACUGGACACAACCUAAACCUCAUGUCCUCGGAGACCAUCACCGCCGACAAGGAAGCAGAGGAAAAGCUGGCAACGGCCACUAUGGUCAAGAAUACUGUCAUAAACGUGCUUUUGAUUGCGCUUUGGUACACUUUCUCCAUCAGUAUAAGCGUGUACAAUAAGUGGAUGUUCUCUGCUGGAGACAAAGGUCUCGAUUUCCACUUUCCGCUCUUCACCACCGCUCUGCAUAUGGUCGUACAAUUCAGCCUCGCUUCCCUUGCCCUCUGGCUCUUCCCUCGCUUCCGUCCUCAAGCCGCUGCAGACGCCUACAACCUUGAGCAAUCCCAGAAACGCGCUCAGACAUACGCGGAUGAAGAGCACGUGAACAAGAAACCUUUGAUGACCAAGACUUUUUAUUUGACGCGUAUAACACCAUGCGGAACUGCGACUGCCCUGGACAUCGGUCUCGGAAACUUCUCCCUACGUUUCAUCUCCCUCACAUUCUUCACCAUGUGCAAGUCCUCCGUGCUAGCCUUCGUCCUGCUCUUUGCCUUCAUUUUCCGCCUCGAAAAACCCACCUGGCGCCUUUGCGGCAUCAUUAUCAUAAUGACGGCGGGCGUUAUCAUGAUGGUAGCGGGGGAAACAGCCUUCAAUGCCCUAGGUUUCGCCCUAGUCAUGAGCGCUUCAUUUUGUUCGGGGUUCAGAUGGAGUUUGACCCAGAUCCUACUUCUAAGGAAUCCCGCAACGAGCAACCCCUUCGCCAGCAUCUUCUUCCUCACGCCAACGAUGUUCGUCGCGCUCAUGAUCCUGGCUUUGCCGAUUGAGGGACCUUCUGCGCUUGGGUCAGGGAUUGYGACAUUGGUGGCAGCCAAAGGGGCGCUCUUGGGGUUCUCGAUACUCGUGUUCCCGGGAUGUCUAGCGUUUCUGAUGGUAUCGGUGGAGUUUGCACUGUUAAAACGGACAAGCGUAGUAACCCUCUCUGUCUGCGGCAUAUUCAAAGAGGUGUUGACCAUCUCUGCCGCGUCAGUGACGUUUGGAGAUGAGCUUUCGCCCAUCAAUAUCAGUGGGUUGAUCGUCACGAUCGCGAGCAUAGCAGGCUACAACUAUCUCAAGAUAAGUAAGAUGCGGAGCGAUGCUCGAAAGGAGGCGCACAAAAUACUGGAGGAAGAUGAUCCUGCUGGCGGGGGUGGCGGGAAAGUACGCAGAACAGACCAUGAGGUAGACAUGGAUGCCUUUGAGAUUGGCAGAGACAGCUCAUCAAGCGCAAGGGUGGGUUUGAUGCGUGACAGCUUGACGCUCGCGACGCAAGGCCCACCAGAUGCAGGCCCCAGAGAUCUGGACCGGUAUGGUGCUCCUACGGAAAGGCCCGAAAAUCUGGAGUGA